GAUCCCGAAAGCAUGGGAGGCUCCGGUCGUGUUUCUCCUGAAGCUCACCAUUCCCCAACCCGCACCUUCCGAAUGGAGCAGAUUCUUUACCUCAGCCAAUAUUUCCCUGUGUCCCAUUGCUCUUCUCUAUGCCUGUAACUCAUUCAUGUCUUUUAACCAUCCCAUUGCUUUCCUCUUACCGAAUACGCAUUUACCUCUUUGGUUCGUAGUACUCUUAGCAAGCUCCUCUCUUGCAAUUCUGCACUUCGUCACCGAAACCGAGCCCCCGAAAACUGAGAAAGUCCCUGUUGUGCUUGCAGCAUUUGUUAUGAGUGUAUUUUGGAUUUCGACCACCGCAGGUGAACUUCUGAACUGUCUUGCAGCUCUUGGAGUGCUUCUCAAACUCCCAGCAGCUCUACUUGGGCUUACUGUGCUUGCAUGGGGAAACUCAGUUGGGGAUCUUGUGGCUGAUGUUGCUCUUGCAAAAGCAGGCCAGCCCUUGCUGGCUAUGGCUGGAUGCUUUGCAGGACCGAUGUUUAACAUGCUUGUCGGGCUCGGAACGGCAUUGGUUAUACAAACAGCUAACAAUUAUCCAGAGGCCUAUCAGCUUCAAUUCCAUAUCGGAAUCGUGAUUGCGUUCGUGUUCCUACUUUUCAGCCUGAUGGGUUCCUUGCUUGUAGUUAUUUGGUGCAGAUUUCGGGUGCCUCGGUUUUGGGGAUUCUGCCUUGUUGUGCUCUACAUUGUUUUCAUGGCUACCAGUUUACUGAUGGCUGAGUAUUCUCCAUGAUUAAACACCCUUCUAGACUGAACCAUAAGACCAAGAAACUCCAUGUAUGCCAAUGAAGCAGCGUUCGGGCAGCGACCGAGAAUGGUAGAGUAGGCGGUUUAACCGUGUAGCCUAGGCAUGAAGCGGUCUUUGCUCAACAGCCUCAAGCCACUUCUAGCAAGCAAAUGUAAAUAUUUCAAUUCCUACCGAGUUUCAUUAACGUAUAGCAGAACAAGAUUGGUGUUCUGCCUGUGGCGUCUGGUUCUGUUGCAGCGAAGGUAUGGUUACCCGAAGGGAUGUUCGUAAAUUUGGUUGCUCGAACGGGCGUUUUAUUUAGGGUCCAUUUGUUGUUUACUUCCUAUAAAUGUACUAAAGUUUUGAUAUCAUGAGUUGAAGGGAAGGUACCCCAAGCAUCCGUUUAAGCUUGCAAACUGGUUGCUAUCUUACAAUGAUGUUAAACUUGGGAGAUU